GAAAAGGGGCGGCGACCCGGAGAUUGGAGACGCAGCUGAACCCGCCAAACUCACGCGCAGACAGUUGCUGUGGUGUUAAAGCUGCGUGGGACCGCUCAACGUAUUUUUUCUUCAUUCUUUAGAUUGGAGUUGAUCGGCGCAAGCCACGUGCGAUGCAAGUCAUAAAGGUGGCAGUUUUCUUUUUAGUGUCAUUAUUGACGGAGAUCACAAUGGCAUUUGAAUGGCAAGGAAGUUAUUCUGCAAACCCAUUUGUGACAACCGAACUUGGCGAUCUGGAAGGCACAGUGUCCCAAGUGAGAGGAAGUGAUCAGAUAAUUUAUGAAUACCUCGGGGUUCCCUUUGCCAAACCACCUCUGGGACCUCUGAGGUUCUCUGCCCCGCAGCCACCUGAGCUGUGGACAGGAAUUCGGGAUGCAAGUCAGCCUCCUGCUAUUUGUCUUCAAAAUUUGGACCAAUAUAUGGCAUUGUUCCCUGCACUUGCAGUUCCCCCAAAUCCAUUGAUCUCUGAAGACUGUCUGUAUUUAAACAUCUACACUCCAGCAGAGCCUAAACAAGAAUUGCAAUUACCAGUAAUGGUGUGGAUUCAUGGUGGAGCAUUAAUGAUAGGUGGGGCAUCCCAGUAUGAUGGCUCCGCCCUGGCUGCUUAUGAGAAUGUGGUUGUGGUGGUGAUUCAGUACAGGGUGGGAUAUAUGGGUUUUUUAAGUACUGGUGAUGAAAACUGCUCUGGAAACUGGGGUCUUUUGGAUCAAGUAGCAGCACUACAGUGGGUUCAAAAGCAUAUUAAAAACUUUGGUGGUGACCCAGGCUCCGUUACUAUUUUUGGAGAAUCGGCUGGUGGAUGUAGUGUGUCUGCUCUUGUUUUGUCUCCUUUAUCAUCUGGAUUAUUUCAUAAAGCCAUUUCUGAGAGUGGAGUUAUCUUACUACCAGGCAUAGUCACAGAAAAUAUAGACCCAGUUAAAAAGACAGUUGCUAACCUGACCUCCUGUGACGAUUCUGACUCCGGCUUGUUCAUCCAGUGCUUGCGACAGAAGACUGAAGAGGAACUUUUAAAUGUAGCCAGAUCGUUCAAAUUUGGAAUUUCGCCAAUGACGAUUGAUGGUGUUGUUCUUCCAAGACCAAUUGAAGAAUUGAUAAAAGCCCAAAAAUUUCAACAAGUUCCAUAUCUUAUAGGAGUUAACAAUUAUGAGUUUGGGGGCCUCCUUGCAAAUACUUAUUGCCCUCCUGGGUGGAGUGAUGGAAUGACCAAAGAAAUGGCAAUUUCUGUCUUGAAUGAAAUAAUAAAUCCACCUGAACUUUUGUGUCCCAAAUUGAGGGUCUUGUUUUGUGUGUCACCCCCGGUUUGCAACAAUUACCAGAAUGUUCUCUUACAGUGUGGAGUCAAAGAGGCAUAUGAAUACAUUUAUGAGGAAUAUGUUGGAAAUGUCACAAAUCCUAUUAGAAUCAGAGAUCUUUCACUAAAGAUGCUUGGUGACCUGUUCAUUGUGAAGCCAUCUUUAAUGAUUGCUAAUAUUCACAGAAAUGCUGGUCUGCCUGUGUACUUCUAUGAAUUUCAGUAUCGAUCAAAAAUUUAUAAUAAUUUAAGACCCAGUUUUGUCACAGCUGAUCAUACUGACGAGAUUAGGUUUGUUUUUGGAGCAUGCUUCUGGAAUGGAACACUUCAGUUCAAAGAGCCAUCAAACGCAGAGGAUGAUCAGCUUUGCAAGGUGUUAAUGGCAUACUGGGCUAAUUUUGCUCGAAAUGGAGAUCCAGAUGGAGAAGGGCUGCUGCAUUGGCCUCCUUAUGAUGAUAGUGAAAACUACAUGGCACUGAAUUUAACACAAAGCAUUCAGCAGAAACUAAUGGGAGACAAAAUGAAGUUCUUGCUCCACACUCUACCGGAAAAAAUUAAACAUCACUUAAAUAUCAGUAAAGUAACUACUGUUCACUGUGAAACCAUGCAAUAAAAGUGGUGUGAAGGGUUCUCCAAGAUCUAUUUUGAAAUAAAAUUGGUUUGUUGCCGGGUUA